UUUACAGAGAGGGCUGGUGAAGGUAGAUAGAAGAUGAUAGAUCCAUCUUCAUCGGAAGAGGACAGUGAAGAAGAACAUGGAACCGGUCACCAUGUUGGGCAUCAUACUCAAUCGCAUCAUCACCAUUCGACAAGCCAUUCACACGUUGAAUCCUCGCCAUAUCACCAGUCUCAUGGUACCGAUAUGGGCAGCGCAAAUCUGGAAGUCCCGAUUCCAAACGCUUCGCUGGGACAACGCUCGCUAUCACCAUCCAGUGCCGUAUCCGCCGAAACGAUUAGCCAUAGUAUGGGGUCUUCCCGAGCGAAUUCCUUACCCCGACCCACCAGCCCGUCGCCGUCAGUUGCCUCCGAAAAAACCGAGGUAGAUCUGGCCGAGAAGCAGGAGCGCGAAGAGGAGGAGCGGAAGAGGAGGAUACAGCUGUACGUUUUCAUUUCGAGGUGCAUCGCCUAUCCGUUCAACGCUAAACAACCCACGGAUAUGACCAGGAGACAGACGAAAAUCACCAAACAUCAGUUAGAGAGUAUCGUGAAUAGGUUUCAAAGUUUUUUGAAAGGAGAAACGCAAAUAAUGGCCGACGAAGCCUUUCAGAACGCUGUACAGAAUUAUUACGAUGUUUUUUUGAAAUCUGAAAGGGUCGUUAAAAUGGUCCAAUCUGGUGCUUGUUCGCAAUAUGAUUUUAGAGAAGUUUUUAGGAAUAAUAUAGAAAAACGAGUUAGAUCUUUACCAGAAAUGGAAGGAUUAAGUAAAGAGACUGUUUUUACGUCCUGGAUGGCGAAAUUCGACUGCAUCUUGAAAGUCACCGACGAGGAUUCGAAGAGGCCCUCUAGAAUGCAACAAAACCUGAAUUCCGAAUUGAUUUUAUCCAAAGAGCAAUUGUACGAUAUGUUCCAACAGAUACUUGGCGUCAAAAAAUUCGAGCAUCAGCUACUGUUCAACGCCCUACUGCUUGAUUCGGCCGAUGAACAAGCCGCGGCCAUAAGAAGGGAGUUGGACGGCAGGAUGCAAAAAGUCGCAGAAAUGGAAAAGAACCGCAAAUUAAUGCCAAAGUUCGUGCUGAAAGAAAUGGAGUCACUUUACAUCGAAGAGCUAAAAUCGUCGAUAAAUUUAUUGAUGGCGAAUCUGGAAUCGUUGCCCGUAUCGAAAGGAUCGAUGGAUUCGAAAUAUGGGUUACAAAAACUAAAACGCUAUAAUCACAGAUCGCAAGGAUCUUUAGCAAAGCUCGAAGGCGACUCCGCGGAUAGUGAUACGCAGCUAACAAAGCUCGAUGUCGUUUUGACAUUUCAACUUGAGGUGAUUGUAAUGGAAGUUAGGGGUUUGAAAUCGUUGUCACCGAAUCGGAUAGUUUACUGUACGAUGGAAGUUGAAAACGGGGAAAAAUUACAAACAGAUCAAGCCGAGGCUUCGAAGCCUAUGUGGGAUACGCAAGGCGAUUUUUGCACAACCCACCCGUUGCCCAUCGUUAAAGUUAAAUUGUACACCGAAAAUCCGGGCGUGCUCGCUUUAGAAGACAAAGAACUAGGAAAAGUUAUUUUGAAGCCGACGCCUCUGUCAUCUAAGGCACCGGAAUGGCACAAAAUGACAAUACCGAAAAAUUGCCCGGACCAGGAUUUGAAAAUAAAAAUAGCGUGCAGGAUGGACAAGCCGCUGAACAUGAAGCACUGCGGCUAUUUGUACGCGAUCGGAAAGAGCGUCUGGAAGAAAUGGAAGAAGAGAUAUUACGUCCUAGUCCAAGUAUCCCAAUACACAUUCGCCAUGUGCAGUUACAAGGAGAAGAAAUCGGAACCGUCUGAGAUGAUGCAGCUCGAUGGGUACACCGUCGAUUACAUCGAGGCUUCAAGUGCGAACUUGAUGGUGGGAAUGGACUUGGAGGGUGGUAGAUUUUUCUUUAACGCCGUCAAAGAAGGGGACAGUAUCAUUUACGCGAGCGACGACGAGAACGAGUGCCACCUUUGGGUCAUGGCUAUGUACAGGGCCACCGGGCAAUCACACAAACCCACGCCCCCGCUCACCCUGCAGGAUAAAAAUUCCACCAUUUCCAAACUACAAGGAGGGCGUUUGUUUUCAGACGCAGACAGAGCGAGGAAGCACGGAAUGGAGGAUUUCAUAUCCGCCGAUCCCUGUCAAUUCGAUCACGCUUCACUGUUUCGAUUGCUGCAGAACCUCACGCUGGAGUACAGGCUGAACGACCCCUAUUGUUCAUUGGGAUGGUUCAGUCCUGGUCAAGUAUUCGUUUUGGACGAAUAUUGCGCAAGAUACGGCGUGCGCGGUUGUUACAGACAUUUAUGUUAUUUAUCAGACCUUUUAGAUAGAGCCGAGAAAAAUUUAAUGAUAGAUCCCACCCUGAUUCACUAUAGUUUCGCGUUUUGCGCUAGUCACGUGCACGGAAACAGUAAUAACUUUAGACCGGACGGAGUCGGAAGCGUUACGCACGAGGAGAAGGAAAAAUUCCAAGAAGUCAAAGAGCGCUUGCGCGUUUUGUUAGAAAAUCAAAUUACUAAUUUCAGGUAUUGUUUUCCUUUUGGUAGACCAGAAGGUGCUUUAAAAGCAACUCUUUCGUUAUUGGAAAGAGUUUUAAUGAAAGAUAUUGUCACACCAGUGCCUCCCGAAGAAGUUCGUGGAAUGAUUAAAAAAUGUCUAGAGACUGCUGCCUUAGUAAACUAUACUAGGUUAUCAUCAGAAGCUAAAAUCGAAGAAGAUUUAAGGGGCGAGACAAUGGUUUCGCCUAGCAAGAAAUUAGAUGAUUUAAUUCAUCUUGCUGAGCUUUGUGUCGACCUUCUACAGCAAAACGAAGAACAUUAUGCAGAGCAACUGCGCAAGGCAGACCGGCAACCGUCAAGUCAAGCGGCCUCGGCGGGCGCAAAUACAAAUUCUAGUCAGCCAGCGCCCGCUCCAGGCACCCCUGGCGGCCGCGACGCCAAGCACCCUUCUGUGUCUCGCUAUUGCAUGCCUCAGCAUGCUACUUACACCCCACCAGAUCCUACGGCCUUUGCGUGGUUUAGCGACUUAUUGGUUGAACACGCUGAAAUAUUUUGGUCUUUGUUUGCUGUGGAUAUGGACAGAGUACUAGCAGAACAGCCGGCGGACACGUGGGACUCGUUUCCGCUGUUUCAGAUCCUGAACGACUACCUUCGAGCUGACGAUAACCUGAAGAACGGUAGAUUUCAUCAACACCUGAGGGACACGUUCGCACCGCUAGUGGUCAGAUACGUAGACCUGAUGGAAUCGUCCAUCGCUCAAUCGAUUCACAAGGGUUUCGAGAAGGAACGGUGGGAGAUCAAAGGGAUGGGUUGCGCCACGUCGGAGGAUCUCUUUUGGAAACUCGAUGCGCUGCAGUCGUUCAUCAGAGAUCUGCAUUGGCCGGACGCCGAAUUCAGGCAGCACUUGGAGCAGCGAUUGAAACUGAUGGCUUGCGAUAUGAUGGAGUCGUGCAUUCAAAGGACCGAAUCCGCCUUCCAGCAGUGGCUGAAGAAAUCGGUUACGUUCAUAUCGACUGAUUAUAUCAUACCGUCGGAGAUGUGCGCCAUGGUAAACGUUAUUUUAGAUGCCAAAAAUCAGUCGCUGAAGCUCUGCGCUGUCGACGGCAUUGAUCUACAUCAAUACCACACGAAAAUCGACGAUAUGAUAGAAAAAACCAACGCUAACAUGGUUCAAGGUUUAAUCAGUAAAAUGAUGUCGGUUUUGGAAGCCACAUUGUCCAAAUUAUCGAGGUAUGAUGAAGGAAGUCUCAUUGGAUCCAUUUUAAGCUUUACGAACGUAUCCGGUUCCGGCAAGGACAUGGGCCAAGGUUACGUUAAUUUCACCAGAAACUGCAUGGAUCAAAUAAGGCAAAAGAUAACCGAUGAAUUGUGGAUUCUAACAUUCUUUGAACAGUGGUACACGAGCCAAAUAAACAUGUUAUGUAAUUGGUUGUCAGAACGUUUAGAUCAUACUUUACAUCCUUACCAAUGUACGUGCCUUGCUCAUAUCAUAAAGAAAAUUUACUCCGAUUUUGAACUACAAGGCGUUAUGGAAGAUAAGCUGAAUUCCAAGGCUUACCAGACAAUAGCUCAAAGAAUGCAAACGGAAGAAGCCACGUGCGCUCUGACCAUGGGACAGGCUGAAAGCGGAAUGGACGGUUUAGACGAGGACGGCGAUAAUAGAAGUAAAACAAAAGUGACAAUAAUGGAAAGUUUGAGCGGCGAAGACGGGAAUUUAGUCUCGAACGUGGGAAACCUGAUCGGCGGAAAAGUAGGUAAUAUAUUCGGGAAAGGCCUGGGAGGGAUCGGCUCCAAAUUGGGCGGAGGAACUGGCAGUUGGUUUUAAAAUUUCGAAGUAGCAUACGAUAUAGCUUUCGUUUCUUAUUAUAUUUUGUACGAAACAUUUUUGGCCUGACACGGUGGUCAUUUUCUGUAAAAAAUUAUACGUAAUUCAAGGUUUUGUAAAUAAUAUUUUUUAAUUUACGGUUAUAAAUAACACUAAGUGUUAGUUUUACGUGUUGAAACUGUUAUUGAUAAUUUCUAAACACUUGAAAUCGUUAUGCCUUAAUAAGUAAAGCCCGUAACAAUGAUUAUUAAGGGACCAGAGUACUUAUUUCAACAUUUCAAUAAUAUUUUAUGCUGGUAUAUUGUUUUCAUAUAAUUAAUGCAUUAUUUUGUAUAUAUUGGUGAUGUUAAAUGAUGGCGAAAUUUUCAAGUGUUUUCAAAUUAAAUUGUAAAUUCAUUAUGUAUGGGCCACGUUAUUUCUGUCGAUCUGAGUGAAUAUUUCAGAUUUGUGAGAAAUAUUUUGGAUUACCCUAUACAGUUUAAUUUAUUUCUAAAUCACGUUUAUUUGGCUAGCUUGAGAAACGGGGGUUGCCCUAGAAAUAAGAAACUUGUGAUUUUUAUAUUUAAAAUUAAUAUUUACUGCACAAAAAUUAAUAUGUGGCAGCCCUUUUAAGUGCAUAUAAUUAAUUUUUUACCAGAACAAAUCGGUAAAUUUAUUUGGAAAUUAAAAAAAUAAUGAAAUCUAUCUAUUGCACUGGAUAUCAUUUCAUUUUAUCGUUUAUAUAAUAUAAUUGAUAAAAUAUUUGAACAUAUCGUGUAUUUUUGAAACAAGUAUUUUUCAUAAAAUCAACUAGUUUUCUAUAAUUUCUACGUUCUCCCAUAUUCAUGUAAAAAUACUUUUUGAUUCGAGUAACUAUGCAAUACCUCCCCAAUUUUUAUGAAUAUAAUGAAUUUUUAUCCACUUUCGUUCAUUUUAGAUUUUAAAAUUCUUCGCAAUUAGUAAAAUCAUAUCCUUUUUUAAUUGUAUCAAAAGGAAGUGGUCAUUAGAAAACUUUCAUUUUUAACCACUUUCAGUACCUAUCUAAUACUAAAAUAGAUAUCGUAGCUUCUUCCAAAAUUUAAUAAAAUACAAUUUAAACUGAUGGACAACAAAAAAAUAUAUAAUUGAAUCUAACGCAAAAGAGAGGUUUUUACUUAACUUAUUUUAAAAUAUUGUAGAUUUUCGUUAUCUUAAUUUCAAACUUUCUAAUGAAGUGGACUAAUUAUUUAAAAAUCUAAAUUUUCUGCACGUUUUACAAAUUUAUUAUUAAACUGGUUCUCUCUUUUGUCGUAUAUAGAGUGCAGUAUAUAGCGGGGGAUGAAAUUUAUGACUAGGCUCUUAAAGUGCUGCGAAAAAUAGUCCAGAUGAUUUUUUCAACAUAAUACAAAGCAAUAAAUAAUGCACAAUCGUAAUUGGUCUAUCGGUGUUUUAACACACUGAUAUAUUUACAUAAAUCGAGUUGCGACCAAUUUAGCUUAAUCAACAUUCAACUAGAUUCAUUAGCAAGAGGUGAAAGUUUUCAGUUCACAUCAAACACUAAACAAUAUCGUAUCUAAUGCAAAUGUAUAUUUUGUAUAAAAGUGACUAUAGACAAAUAACACAAACACUUGGAUGUAGUGUGCAAAUUAUUUGAUCAGUACCAUAAGGAAUCGGUGGACGUUUACAAAACUUCUUGGCUUUUGUAAAACUUAUCUUUUGAACUAUUUUGUGCCUUAUUUAAGCAAUUUCUCUUUUACACGAUACUCUCGACAAUAUUGUUUACCUACCCCUAACUGUAUUUUUUUUUGUCUCGAUUUUAUUUUCUACAAAAUUGUUAAGUAAAAAUCGGGUGAUUUUACAAUGAUUGAUAAUAUUUGUUGUUAUUUUAGUGUUUGAAAAAUUAUGUUAAGAAAAAAUAUAACAUGCAUAAGGUUUGAAUUGCUAAAAUUAUAAAUUAUUUGUUGUAAUAAUCAGCAAUUAUUAGGAAAAGUAGAGUUAUUGGAUGAAAAUAUUGGGAAUUACAAAGGAUGUUUCCAAAGUUCUAGGAAUUGCACUUAAUUAAAAUUACUCGAAACAAGGUUCCUAAAACGGCCGCUAGGAGGCGAUGUUAUAAACGAUCACGGUUUUUUGCGUAUGAUCAUAAAAUUAUUAUACAGAAUUAGCAUUAAGCGUUAAAACUAAAAAUAAAUACAAAAUAUAAAAAUAUACUUAAAUCAGCGAUGAUUUUUGUUGUUAACAUCAUGCCUCACGUAUCUUCGGUUAAUGCAUUUCUCCAUUUUCUCCUCGAAAUGUCAAAAAAUAAUUUUUGAAGUUUUGACAGCUUGAACUGUCAUCUCACAACCGCGAUUUAUAUGUAGCGCGACGCUGAUUGGCUGAGAUAAGUUGAUUCUCCUAUCGUUCGCCACGAUGCGGCGCAAAAGUGAAGCUCAAAAAGUCUUCAUUUAACGGGACAUAUUCUCUAAUGCAAAAUCAUAGGCUGUUUCCAGACCUUAGAAAUAUAGGGCUGUGCCUUUAGGCAAUUGGUGAAAGACAAGUCUUGACAUGUUUAUGCAACUGCCCAGUGCAAUAUUGUUUAGUAUGUUCGACUGAUAUUGACGCGUUUUUCAUAGCACUAUUUUUGGAACCAUGCAAGAGGCAGCGAAGUCUCAAAGAGCUUCGUUUUGUGGAAAAAAGUUGUGAAAACAUCAGAAAUUAUUCAGCGUCUGGAGAAUUUGGCGAGUCUACAAAAUCCAAAAGUAUUGUUUAUCAACGGAUCAAUUAUUGAGAUUUUGUUGCGUUUUCCAUGGUUCUAAAAACAGUGCUCUGAAAACUUGUACUGGAUUUGACUGGAUAGUUGCAUAAACAUUGCUUAUAAGCUUAUAAGUUUAAAUAGAGCAAUUCCCAGAACUUUGGAAACAUCCCUCGUAUACCAUUUGUGUGACAAAUACCACCGAUUUUUCAAAAAUAGACUCAACUCAACCAUUUUAUAAUUACCCGUUACCCGAUAUUACAAUUUUUACCUAACAAAAAAAUAAAGCAAUUUCGGUUAAAUUUGUCGUGGUAGACAAUUUUCGGUGUAUCUAAGUAAAAAAUAUACCAAUAAAAUUUUCAAACGGUCGAAUUUGAUAACACGUUUAUGUAUUAUUCAUCAAUAAAAAGAACGAAAUAUAUCAUUGCCAACAAGUGUAUAGUUUGUCAUUAUAAUAAUUAUCUGUCUAUUUAGAUGUAAAUUAUUCGAAUGAUUCCAAAAUGUAAACAAUAAUAAAUGUGUAUCGAUAUUGAGUUGACUUGCACGUCGUCGAUUUUUGUGCCUUAAGUCAUGUAAGAAUUCAUUUUUUUUUUGGUUUGUUUAACGAAUAACUUUGCCGUUAUUUUCGUAAAUCGUCUUCAAACCUGUAAAAGUUGCGAAUAAAGCGAGCAAUAGUCCGUUUACUUGCCUUACAUUCGCACUGUCUGACUCUGGUUGACUCAAUUGAUAAAUUCAACUUACCUUUCAUCCUAAUUUGUCGCCUCCGAAAAUAAUCGCUGAAAAUAAUAUCCACAAUUAAUAGGUAACAAAUGAACACUUCAUUGUCCGUUGGUCAUAAAAUAAAGCACUAGAACAUUUAUCCAGUGCAAGUUCGUUUAAUAAAAUUGUGUUCCUUUUGAAACUUAUCGCUUGUUGCAUAUCUUUAUUACGAUAAGAAGGAAACAUUGUUUUAUUUUCGUUUAAAUAUUCUAUUGCUUAGAGCUGUAUCGUAUUAUAAAAACAGAGUGUGCAAAGUAAACAUAUUAAACUGGGUCAGAGAACGUUACGAAAUUUUUUCUCUGCAAGUUAACCCUCGCAGGAUUUCAAAUUUAACUGUUAAAAUUUUAGGAAAAGAAUCUAUUCGAUUUGUGCGAAAAUUGCAAUAUUUUAUAAAUAAAUUUAAUUAGAUAGGUAGGCGACAACUUUGAGGGUUUACUGAAUGUUUGAUAUGCUUACUGUGGGGUGCUCUGGGGAUGAAAUUUGGACAAAACUAUGAAUGCUUGAUUGCUGGGCAUUGCAUUUUAGGACGACUGCGUACACUGAAUUUUACUCGAUUUGUUAAGGUUUAGGCGAUCGAGUAAACAUGAAGUAUGUGCAGUCGGUUUUAAUUAAAUAAUAAUGAGUUAAAAUAAAAUAUUAAUAAAAAUCUUCACAUUCAAAUUUAAUACCUACCUAAUAAAGUUCAGUAUUGAAAAAGUAUCUUUAAUGAUUACUGCAUGCAACCUUAAAUUAUAGUUAUAUUUCACAAGAAACAUUGACGAGUAUAUUUGUAGUGUUCAAUUUGUAGAAUAUUUUUGAGGAAAUUUCAAACUGGUAGAAAAUGAAAAAUUCAACGUUACCUUGCAUUCUAAUAACAUCAAAUUGCGAACUAAUUUCAUAAUUUUUACAAAUUGAACAACUAAAUAACGUUGAAUAAGUAGCUAGAAAAAGGUAGUAGGCAAUGAAGUUAAAAACUCUUCAAUGUCUCGUUGUUUUCUUAAAGAAUCUUACUUCAACUUUUGAAAAUUGUUAUAUAAAUAAUAUAUGUAUAGAAUGCUUUUACUUAAGUUCUUGUAUUUAUCAAACCUACUUAUAAAUUCUUGAAUAGAAAUUGCAAAUAAAUUUAUAAACCUUAAACUUAUUCUUUCUUAAUAUUGAAUUAAUAUAUUGCAAUAUAGUUGAUAACAAAUAACCUGUUUUUGUUAAGAUCUUUUAGAAACUAGUUGAAUUUUACGUAUGGGCCUGUGAUGUCAACAAAAGCGAUGCUACUUAUAUAAAAAAUAAUUUCCUAAAAUCUAUACAAAUGUUAAACAUUUACGGGCCAUAUAAGUACAUAAUAUUGUUAUGUUCAACUAACAUGUAAUACGAAAAAUAAAUUGUUUUAAUAUCUUUAUCAAUA